AUGCCCGAAGGGGAGCUAUGGUCUACGUUAGUCACUGCCAUCGAUCCCGAACAUAUCAGGGCCAUGCCUGCCAUUCUUUUGCCCACUAUCGAACUUCUGGAGACGGAACUGGCCAAUGCUAGAGCUGCACUUCAGGAACUCCAGCCCAAUGCUGCCCCCAUGUUUUCGCGAAGAGAUGAACUCGCUCUAGGUGCCGUGACCGCCUAUCGCCAAAACCUCAUAGGCCGCGCCUCUGAUUUCUUUUACGGUACUAGCCGCUUGACCUCGAAAGAAUUGGGGCUUGUGCCAGUGGUCCACGAAGUUCUACCAGAUGAUGAGGACAGCUGCGAGGUGAAGGGGGAAGACACCGCGAAAGCCCAACCCAUAGCCACUGUACUGCGUAAGCGGGCUUCUCUCAUCGAUGUCCUCUCGAACAACUUGAUCCUCGACCACAUGGCCCCAUAUCUUUCGGUUCCAGCCUUGUUUGCUGUGGCGUCGACCUCGCGCGUCCUCAGGUCUUUGAUCCUGGACACACCGUACGUUUUCCGACAUCUAGACCUGACCCAGUGUCGUGGCGCCCAUAUUGCUUGUGGAUUGUCAGAGCACCCCGAAGGCCAGGGCACAGGGAUCGAUCAGCUGAAUGAUGCACUCACAGCGGAUGACUUAUAUGCGGCGCCUUUACGAGGCAUAUUUGCCCAGCUUGAACAAAAAUCGCUUUUGCAAGAUGUGCGGACCCUGAUAUUGGACGGGUUGUCCGUGCCGGCCGAAUUCAUUGCCGACAUAAUCUUGACAGAUCGUUUUAACAUCAAUAUCUUGUCGAUAAGAGAGUGCCGGCAUUUGGACGAGCGUAAGCUGAUGCAGGUGCUGAAUCAUGCGGUCCGACCUACACGACCGAAGGGAACUCCGCGUUUGAAGGGGAUAUACCAUUUCAUGCCGAUACCUCAAGCGCAGGGCAUAGUUCGCCGCAAAUAUCGUGACUGGUGGAGUACAAGAUUUUCUGGUCAAGACUCAAGCGAGACUUCCACACCUGGAGAGGGUACAAUCCCAUGUGGCCAAACGACGAGUGAUUCAUGUGUUCAGGAUUCCUGGUAUUAUCCGGCGGGAAAGAUAUACAAGCGAAUAAUAGACGACAAGUGGGCUGAAACAAUUCAAAAGUGCGAGGGUAUCAUUGCCUUUGACGCUGUGUUGUGCCGGGGUCGGCGGCACAAUGCUGACUUCCAUGCUACGAUACCGCAGAAUGGCGAGAACUCCCUGCCAGAGAGGCGAUUGCUUGGACCGGCAAUCGCCACAGUUGCUCUUGGUCCCGGAGGUUGCGAUGGGUGCCAUUCAGCACCAGAAGGCCCAGCGUUGUGGGGUGAAUCCCCCGAGGAGCGAUUCCCUCUACUUGUACCACCUCCACUGCAUUCCUCUACACUAGCAGAAGCGAGGCGUCCUGCGCUUGUUCCUCACAAAGGAGCAGUGUUAAUAGCCCGAUGUACAGAAUGCCUGACCGACCGCUGGUGCCACCGUUGUAAUAAAUGGUUUUGCGCCGAUUGUCUGCCACAUCCAGAGCGCGUAAGAAGCCACCUAACCCCACACCAGACGGCUAACAGGGGACGUCGAGGGGAUGGCUUGAAUAUUGGUGGGCCUGGCGUGAGCAAGGACUGUUGGGAAUGUGGUCCAACGUGCGUUAUGUGCAAGGCUGAGUGCCAACGGACAUGCAACACCUGCCGAGGAAAUUACUGCGUUGAACACAAUGAAGGGUGCUCAUCAACACUGUGCGACUGGUGCAACACCAGUACGCGGCAUCGGGUUAGAGAAAUGUACUGAUCGUAAUUCAUUUGGCGCUUGGACUGUGCCAUCUUAUUUUCCAUUCAGCAAAGCGAGCGUACUUUGUCAGCUUGGGGAACAGCUUAUUAGUGGGAGCAAAUGGCAUCGAAGGCGACUUCACUCUUAGCUGGUUUAACUGAAGUAAACGGGAUGACAAAUCCCUGGCUGCUUUCCAGAAGGCCCGCGGCGCUUCGGUUCC